UGGUCAUCAUGGUCAGCGUUUAGCAGUUGCAGUGUGAGCUGUGGGAUUGGGCUCCAGACCAGGUACCGAGCCUGUGACAACCCCCUGCCAAGUAACAAUGGUGCCAUGUGUGAGGGACCACUUUCAGAUACAAUCUUCUGUAACAGUGGAGUCAUCUGUCCUGGUUUGAUUGACUGUACCUUUGAGACGGACCUCUGCAGGUGGACUCAGAGCACACAGGAUAACUUCAACUGGACAAGGCACUGGGGAGCAACAAGCUCCCUUCUCACUGGGCCUUCUUUUGACCACACAGUAGGGGACUGUUUCAUGGGAAAUGGCGCCACCUACCGAGGACAUGUGAACACUACAGAUGACGGUCUGGUGUGUCAGCGCUGGGAGGACCAAACUCCGCAUGAGCAUGAGUUCCUGGACCUCAGGACUGACAGUCUGUUUGAGAACUACUGCCGUAACCCUGACGGUAUGGAGAGACCAUGGUGCUACACCCUGGACCCUAGCGUCCGCUGGCAGUACUGCCCCGUCAAACCCUGCGACCAAACUGGUUACUACAUCUACAUCGAGACCUCCAGCGUUCAAAUGUCUGACAAGGCCAGACUGUACAGUCCCACAGUCUACCCCACAUCAUCUACAAUGUGUCUGCGGUUCUGGUACCACAUGUACGGUAGGGAAAUCAACAGGCUGAACGUGUACAUCCAGACAGGCUCAGCUCUACCGACUGUCCCAACCUUCCAGAGGACAGGCCCACAGGGAGACCGGUGGAUACAGGCUGAAGUAGAAGUGUACAGCGCUAGUCCUUACCAGGUUGUGAUGGAGGGUGUCCGUGGUAAAAACGUUGCAGGAGACAUUGGUCUGGAUGAUAUCACCAUGUCUACAGGCCCUUGUAACACAGAAAUUGUCUGA